AUGACUGCGCGUAGGGCCUUCCAGUUUUGCAAGCAGUAUAAACGGACAACAGAGUUCCGAAGGUUGUGUGAGAUUAUACGAAAUCAUUUAGCUAAUCUAAAUAAAUAUAAAGACCAGAGGGACAGGCCUGACCUGUCAGCACCAGAGAGUUUGCAACUUUAUCUUGACACAAGAUUUGAGCAGCUAAAGAUGGCUACCGAACUUGGACUCUGGCAGGAAGCUUUUCGUUCUGUUGAAGAUAUUCAUGGAUUGAUGUCCAUUGUCAAGAAUACUCCCAAGGCUUCCUUGAUGGUGGUUUAUUAUGCCAAGUUAACCAAAAUAUUCUGGAUUUCAGGCAGCCAUCUUUAUCAUGGUUAUUCAUGGUUGAAGCUAUUUACAAUUCAAAAAAGCUUCAAUAAAAACCUAAGCCAGAAAGAUUUGCAGCUGAUAGCUUCAUCCGUUAUUUUGGCUGCACUGUCAGUGCUCCCUUAUGAUCAAACACAUGGUGCAUCACAUUUAGUUUGCUAA